AUGUCUGCUCUUCUCGAACACUAUUCUUCUUCGACGCAGACCGAUGUGUCCGAGGUGCUGCAGUCCAUUGCUAACGCAUCCCCCUUCGCUGUGGACGAGCCAGCCCGCGUGCAGCUCAUCCAAAUUCUGCUAGACGACGUAAACAAAUGCAAGUCGAGUGGGAGCGAUGGGAAGAUCUCGCCUAAAGAUGCUGUGUUGGCGUUGGGAGCUAUCAAAUCUCUAGGCAAACACCCAUCCGGAGCAAGCGUACUAGCAUCUUCAGACAAUCUAUCCACCUUGCUCUCGCUAUCGCGAACAUUCAAAGACGAUCUCGACGCGUCGUGCGAGGCUUUACGAUGUGUCGCCAACACCAUGCUUCUUAUCGAGGAUGCACGGAAAACUUGGAUAUCGGACAGCGUGAAGGGUGGGGAGGCAUCAGUGCGGUUACUCGAGAAAUCAUCAAAUCCUGACCAACUCUUCCUCGCAUCUCGCAUUCUGUUCUUGGCUACGGUCUCAUCGCAAUCGGCCGGUCACUUCAUCAUUUCCUUGAUCGACGACAAACAUUCGGGGCGCUCGAACGUGGUGGAGAUCAUUAGUCUACGACUAGAUUCCCUCACCAGUAGCAUCCUGGGUGGUGUGAAAAUGGCUCGGGAAGCAAUGACAGACUUGCUGAAGUUCACGUUCAACCUCUUGUCUUUUUACCCAAAGUUGGUGGAUUGCGAGAAAGUAGCAGAUCUUGGAGCCGGUGAGGGUAAGGUGAUGGGGGAGUAUUGGAGUGAUAAACUGGACGGCAUCGUGCCACCUCUGCUUCGAGCAUUCAACACCCUUCCGCCUACAUUUCCUUCGCCGCUCACCGCGCCGCUAACCCACAUCAUUCACUCUCUCAUCGCUACCCCCAUCACAGCCAACCUCAAGCCUUUCUGGUUUCCAACCAUCUCCCCACCAUCUGGUCGCAGGAGCACUGUUCACUCCAAUUCCGAGUCUCCCGUCCUUGCCAACGACUCCCGUCUUCCCAGCAGCAGCGGAAGCGGCGAAUCUUCCAGCUCACCAAAAGAAGCAAAGCCUGGUGCUCUGGAUCGAGCACUGUCCAUGCUCGCCGCCGGCCGCCGGUCGCUCUCGUCUCGUCCCUCUUCCCCCUCCCCUCCAAACUCGGUCGCGGAUAGUCUGCAGCGUGCCUAUGACUUGCUGGAGGUCUCCUUCAGCCACUAUUUUCCCGGGACGAUCGAUCCUGAUGAUGCGGAAGUCCGUCAGAGACCCAAGCAGGAGAGCGAUAGCACGCUCGAUGACCUCCUGUGUCCGCUCAUAAUGUUGAUCAUCAAAUGCUGCCUUGCAGACGCGGGAGCGAAAAGUAGAUUAAGAGAAUGGAUCUUACCUGCGAACCUUUCUCGUUCGAGCGCCCUGGAAGGCAGAGCAGAUCUGUUGGGCCGGUCUUUACGACUUUUGACGAGUGUACACCAUCCGAGGUUGAAGGACGCUACGGGAGAGAUGCUAUUCGCGAUUUGCGAUUCUGAUCCGAGCACGCUAACGUCCCAAGUUGGGUACGGCAACGUCGCUGGUUUCCUCUUCAACAAGGGCAUCAUGAACGCCCCACCUCGGCCGGCGAGCGACGACGCCCCAGCAACGGAUGCAUCUAUCAACCCCAUCACCGGCGUCCUCGAGGGCCCACGCCAGGAUAUCGAGAUGACGGACGAAGAGAAGGAGCAAGAGGCCGAGAAGCUGUUUGUGUUGUUCGACAGGUUGGAGCGGUCCGGCGCGUUGCCGCCCAGUCAAAAUCCAAUCCGCAAGGCGAUGCAAGGCCAGCAGCCUUGAUCGCGAUCUAUCCCUGGCUUUGUUUGAGGAUCGGACGUGUGUUGUCGACGGCGAAGAACCCUUGGCGGUCUAAUCUGUACCCGCAUAUUGUUGAUGUUUUCGGUUGAGGCCAACGGUUUUUGUUUUGCAUACCAACUAAUACCACAAUUCUUUUAGUACCUAGUCUUUCAAUACCGUCAAUAUCCUACAGGAUUCUAUUUUCUGACGUGCUCUCAGCAUCAUCGAUUCAUCCCCUCAUGCAUAAUUGAACUAUUUAUCAUUUUUGAUCC